CGUUAAUACGGAUCGGCUCUCGCCGAAAAUCGAAGUAAAUCUCGGACGAAUCCUUCAUCGUUACGACUUGUCUACCGAAGUGUGCUCAUCGACGACUCCGGCGCAUUUGAAGCCAAGAACUGCGACCACUGGAACUACGGAAAUGUUUAAAUUGCUUAUCAUCGGAUGUCUGACCUUCCUGGUGUCGCUGGUUGGUGCUUUCGAGGAGCACCCCCAUUUCUGCAUCGAAACGGAGCCGCUCCUCCUGUCCGAGAUCGAUCGCCAUGUGGUUAUGCCUAGCGAGAAGGAUCUGCAGUGCCACAUUAAGGCCACCACGUUGACCCAAAAGGAGAAGGCGGCUCUCGUGGACACCCUGUGCGCGGAUCACGGCUCCACGACGAUCAAGCGGGACAAUCAUCACUUCCUGCGGCUGCACAAUGGGGAGUUGAAUGGACGCGGUGUCCAGUCGGAGGUGUGUGCCAAUGGAGCGGAUUCUGUCUUGGCCUGGGUGCCCUACCACAUGGUGCUCAAGAACUAUGCGGCCGAAUUGAAUCCCAAGGAGCGGCUGACCUACAUUGCCAAGGCCACCAAUGUGGAGCGCGAGAAGACGGAGCUGUGCCACUUUCGGCACACGGAUCUGGUCAAUGCGGUGUCCGAUAAUCUCUUCACCUGCGUGGUCAUGAUCUUUGGCGAUAACUUUUAUGGACUGGAGGACAACAUCAAUGUGCUGGUGGAGCUGCAACCGCUGAUGUAUCAGCUGAGGAACAUCACCUACCUGCCUUGGAGGAAUGUUUCCAACAGCUACAAGAUGCAUUUGGGCGACAGCGUGCUCCGGAAUCCCAGUGGCGAACGGAAGCCCAUCUACGGCAGCUUGAAUUACGAGUUUGUGGAGAAGAUCCUGGUGAACAUGACCAGUGUCUACCAGGAUAAAAAGCUGGCCAAGCUGCCGCUGCUCCUCGAGCAUCGUUCUUCUGUUUUAGAACUAAAUUCGGAUGGAGUGGGCGGCAUGGAGGUGGCGGAGAAGGCCUAUUUCGGACGCAGCAUGGAUCCCAGGAGCGAGGUGAAGGUCCAGGUGAUUGGCCAGUGGGUGGACCAGCAUAGGGAGUUUGGAGCCGACAUCUACGAGUAUUAUGGACAUGGUUUAAGGCGCUAUUCCCAACCGAUGACCGGCGGAAGGCUCACCUUUGUGCGGAUCGACAAUACGGAGCCGGUUUUCAUGGCCCCGGAAUCGAGUAAUCUGGCCAAGGCCUCGCUUUUCCACGAGCAGAAGGCCGGCAAGCUAAAGGAGGAUCCAUCGGGCAACUUCACCGAGUGGGAAAACGUCCAGGAGGAUGAGGAGCCGGGUUUCUAUUGCUGGUUUGUUGUGACCUCCCUUUUCUUGGCCCUCCUCGUUAUCCUGGGCAUUUACCUAGUGGUUCGCACCCAGAGCAGAAGGACCAAGCAGCGCCAUGUGUACGAAGUGGCCAACACGAAUGUUUCUCCAACAGCCUAAAAAGAAAUUUAAACUUUAGAUUUAAGUUUUGUAAAUCCGAAAAACGCACUAGGAUCAACAGGUGUUCUUACUCCGAAAUGUCAGUUUAAUUAAACGAGUUGGCAGCACUAGUGCCAAAUCCUUGAAUUU